CCACCAUGUCAACCUCCGCACUAGACGCUAUCUGGGAUGCCGACGACGUGGAAUACCACACCUCCACAUCUUCCAACCGCGCGAGCGAUGCAUCUGAGCUCGAGACUCCUCGACGCCAGGGUCGAGCAUCCACCUCUAAAUCCGCACAGCCGCUGUUUCUCGGCGAUGACGACGACGACGAGAUGGCUGACGCACCGCCGCGGAGAGCGACGGCAGAAUACGACGACGAUGACGAUGAGGGCAUGCCGCACUCUUUCUCGGGCGACGCCGCACACGCAAACGCGAUACUCGACGCGGCCAUAGUGUCAGACGACGACCGCGUUGCCAUCACCAGCAGCUCGCCUGCACAUCGCUUGAGAGACGACAACGCAAAGGACGGAGACGGUGUCGGCAAAGACGGGCCUGUGAAGUCGAAGCGGAAGAUCGCGCGUUUGGACGAGGGGAGACUGGUUGCCGAGAAUUAUGGGUUCCCCCGACUUAUCCAGGACGUCAAGUAUGUGAAGAUCAAGGGCAAGGGGCACGAGGCAUCAGACCUGAAUCGACUUCUCCAGGUGUAUCAAUUCUGGACGCACGGUCUGUAUCCCAAAACGCCGUUCAAAGAAACGGUGGAUCGAGUGGAAAAAUUAUGCCACUCAAAACGUAUGCGCAACAAGUUGAGUGAAUGGCGGGAUGAAGCACACGGUAUCGUCGCAGGAGAAGAAGAGGCAACAAAUGAAGACUUUCCUUCUCACACCGGAGAAGAGCCAGACAGGGUUCCAGCGUCGGAUCGCGCCGAGAUCGCGUCGUCAUCGUCUCGCGCACCUACUCUGCCUCCAUCCUCCGAAGGCGACCACGACGACGACUUUGACGUCGCACUCAUGGACCGAAUAGCCUCAGAAAAUGCAAAACAUGUCAACUUGCAGGAUGACGAUAUUGGAGACGACGACGACAUGUAUGGAGGGGCCGACGAUUUCGAUGCCACUGCUCUCGCUGCAGCGAUGGACACAGCCGCUGAGGAGAUUGCGGCCAAAGAACUAUCAUCGAUCCCAGCAACCGCCAAACCCACGGUUGUGGACGACAAUGACGACGAGUGGGACGCAAUCGACACCAUGUGAUAGCCUCAAGAUAUGCGCGAUUGUAGUAUAUCCACCACAUGUUUAUUCCACGUCAGACAGAGCCCACAGUACAGUUCGACCGCUACCGUUCCCG